AUGUUCACCAGCAACAAAAGUUUUGCCCUCAUUCUCGCGGUAUCGGCUUUCUUUGACGGUACAUCUGCAAAGAAAGAAGCUGCUGAAUUCGGUGGGUUUCCUGGCAUGGGUGGCAUGGGAGGUGGAUUUCCUGGCAUGGGCGGCGGCAUGGGUGGCAUGGGUGGCAUGUCCAAGAUGAUGCCGGGCGGUAUGGGAGGUGGACUUCCAGGCAUGGGCGGUGGUGGAGGCGGCAUGUCCAAGAUGAUGCCGGGCGGCAUGGGAGGUGGAUUUCCAGGCAUGGGCGGCGGUGGAGGCGGCAUGUCCAAGAUGAUGCCGGGAGCGGGCGGUAUGGGAGGUGGGUUUCCAGGCAUGGGCGGCGGUGGCGGCGGCAUGCCCAAGAUGCCGGGGGCGGGUGGCAUGGGAGGUGGGUUUCCAGGCAUGGGUGGCGGUGGUGGCGGCGGCAUGCCCAAGAUGCCGGGGGCGGGUGGCAUGGGAGGUGGAUCUCCAGGCAUGGGCGGCGGUGGUGGCGGACUUCCUAGUAUGGGUGGCGGUGGUGGCACGGGCGGCAUGGGGACCGUAAAGCCAGCGUCUGGAACGAGCGGUACUGGUAGCCCUUAUGCUGGUACAAGCGGUACUGGUAGCCCAUAUGCUGGCACGGGAGGUGCAGGAGCCACCGGUGGUCUUAGCAAUCCGAUGUCAGGUACCCCCGGUGGAGCAGGACCAGGAACAGUACACCCAAGUCCAUCAAGUACUGGAGCUGGGACCCCUGGAGUCCCGGGAAACGGUGCGGCAAUGACGAACGGUGUGGCUGGUCAGGGUGCAACUAUGCCCAAUAGCGCCCCGACAACUGGAGCUGGGAAUGCCACGCAGGGUCCUGUUGGAGACGCUUCGAGUUCGAAACCAUAUCGUCACCUUCGGGCUGAGUAA